AUGGUCGUCUACUCGUUCUUCAUCUUCGACCGGCAUGCGGAGUGCAUAUACCAACGACAAUGGUACCCACGUCCAGGCACAGCUGCCGGGGGAGCGAGCAAGGACCUACAUCCAUCGGACGGAGCGCUAUCGAACGGCCUGACGAAAGACUCUCACAAGUCGGGCUCUACGGACACUCGACUGGUGUUUGGGGCUGUCUUCUCGCUGCGAAACAUGGUACGGAAGCUCGGUGGUGAGGACGAUAACUUCGUGUGUUACCGGACGGGCCAGUAUAAGCUACACUACUACGAGACACCAACGAACCUGAAGUUUGUGAUGAUGACCGACACGAAGGCAAACAAUAUGCGCCUCGCCCUGCACCAGAUUUAUGUCAACCUGUACGUGGAAUACGUGGUGAAGAACCCUCUUUCUCCAGCCGAACAUCCUGGUGGCGUUGGAGUGUACAACGAGCUCUUCGAAGAGUCACUUGAGCAGUUUGUGACCCGAGUGCUCUCCUAG